AACAGUUUUCAACCAGUAAACAUCAACAAAAGUUAGAAUCAAAACUUCUAAUCAACCAGUUAACAUCGAAUAAGAAAAAUGAAAGUUUCAACAAUGAAGAAUCUACAACCAGUCAGCAUCAACAAAACGAUUGCACAACUAAUUGAGUUUGUUUUAAGCUCAAACGUAAACAACGCAAACUUGCUGAAUGAAAUUGGAAUCAUCAAACGAGAAUUUGAAGCUCACAACAUGACAUUCAACAGCACGUUUUUCAAGGAGGCCAUAAUAAAAUCUGUGGAAGGAGAAUCUGGAAUUUACAGUGAGAUCAAAAAUGAAGUUAAGGACAAAUGUCCAUCAUUGAUGAUCGAAUCAGCAUCAAGACAUGGGAACCUCGUCUUCUUAGUAAUCCUCAGUUACUCAUUGGAAGAGAAGCUAGUAAAACGAACCAUCGGAUUUAUUUCUCAAAACCAGCAGCAGACAACAAGGCAUCUCGUCUACCAGAUUGAACAUCUUCUUAGAAAGGUUGGACUGACUCUCGGUAACAUAUAUACAGUAUGUACUGACUAUGAAGGCGAUAAUCUCAAAGUUGCUGAUUUUAUCAAUGAAGCACUAGCUGCAUUAAAGCUUUGCCGUGGGAUUGCCAACAUAAAUCUGGAUCUCAACCAAAUGCGAGAAGAUGAACGUGAGGAUUAUCAGAUGCUUCUUGAGGAAAAACAAGUCGAUCUUGAGGUAAUGCAGCAACAACACAGAGUCAAAGUAGAACAACAAAAUGAAGAAGCUACAAUUGCUGACGCCGUAGCUGAAGAAGGAUCUCUGUGUACAAAAAUCAUCUGUGGUGCACACAUCUUUAAUAUUGCAGUGAAAGAAUUCAUCAGAGAAUAUGAACCAGUUAUCGCCGAGGUCCGAGAUUUGUUAAAAACAUCAAUACGAGAUGAGUUUGUUCAACUUUUUCAUGACGCAAAAGUGAAGCUGCAUUCAUGGGAAGAUACCUUCCAAAUGAUGAGCAACGUUCAACGGUUCAGAACUCAACUUGAGACAAUAGCUCUCAAUGAAGAGAGGUUAAGACUAAGUGAUCAUGCUUGGGAAUUUAUGGACGAAUAUCUUCAAGUUUUUACUCCAGUUCAGUUAGCGGUGAAGGACUUCCAGAGAGCAGACAUCACGAUCAGCGAUUUCUACAUCAGUUGGUUGAAAAUGGAGCUUAACAUCAGAAGUGUUCCAGAUGGUAACGAGCAGUUGAAGACGAAACUACUAGAAGCAUUGAAACAGCAUAAACAAAAGUUCUUCGAAAGUGAUGCCUUCGUAGCUGCACUUCUUUUAGAUCCUCGAAUUAAUUGGUCACAAAAUCCAGAAGACUUCUACGGUCCAGCAAUGUAUGAAAGAGGAAUACUGUUGCUGGAAAAAGUUCACCAAGUUAUCAACGGUUUACAGAUGAACCAAGAAGCAGAUGCCAAUCAGGAAGCGGAACUUCGUCAACUGCUUGGAUGGAAACCUUUACAAUUUCAAGGAAUUCGUCAAAGCGUCAACAGAUUUUUAGCAGAGCCAAGACUACUACCAAGUACACCAAUAACUCCACUCAAGUAUUGGUACAACAGACGCAAUGAGGAGCCAGAAAUCUACAGAGUCUCUCAGGUUGUCUACGGUGCUGCUUUCUCACAAGUAAAGAAAGAAAAGGACUUUAAGGGCUUCGCACUCGUUCUUCCAUUGUUGAAGAUACUUCUUGGAGACGAUCAUCUCAAUGCCAUCAUAGUUUGUAAGAACAACUUAGAAUUAUUAGAUAAAGUUAAGUUUAUUUAAAGUAAAGAGUAGAUUUAAAGUACAAUAGAACAUUUUUUUGAAAAUAGAAUUAAGUAAAGGUUAAAUGUUAAAAUUUAAAUAAAAAUUAACUGAAUAAAAUAUGAUAUAUAAUAUAAGAAAACAAUUUGUUGAUAGUUUUUUUUGAAUAUUUUUUUUUUCAUGAUUUUGAUUUAUUUUUGAACCGUGACUCUAACAACAC